AUGUUCCCUCACGAUGGUAUCCGAUCUCAAUUAGAGUGGAACUCCACCCUCAGCGUUGCAAAUGCACCUCAGCCCACAGCUGAGACCAAGUUCCUUCGCAAAACUGCUAUCAUAGCAACUAUCGGACCCAAGGUCAACACCGUCGAGAAGCUUUCUGAGCUCAGGCGUGCCGGUGUUAACGUCGUUCGCAUGAACUUUUCGCAUGGUUCCUAUGAAUAUCACCAAAGUGUCAUCGACAACACGAGGAAGAUGGUGGCUGCGGACCCCACCGGUCGUCCCGUUGCUAUUGCUUUGGACACAAAAGGCCCUGAAAUCCGAACGGGUCUCAUGAGAGAUGGAACUGAUGUUCCCAUCAAAGCUGGCCAUGAGUUUAUCGUCUCAACAGACCCUAAAUAUAGCGAAAUCUGCGAUGACAAAAUCUUGUGGAUGGACUACCAAAACUUGUCCAAGGUCACUGCGCCUGGCAAACUGAUUUACGUGGAUGAUGGUAUCCUCUCUCUUCUCGUUCUCUCCAUCGAGGGCAACAACGUACGAGUACGCGCCUUGAACAACGGUGUUCUUUCUUCUCGCAAGGGUGUCAACCUCCCCAAGACAGAAGUCGAUCUCCCACCUUUGUCUGAGAAGGACAAGAAAGACUUGCAGUUUGGUGUUAAGAACGGCGUUGACAUGGUGUUCGCUUCAUUUAUUCGUCGCGCCCAAGAUGUAAUAGAUAUUCGCAAAGUGCUCGGACCUGACGGUGCAAACAUCAAAAUCAUCGUCAAGAUCGAGAACGAACAGGGAGUGGAGAACUUUGACGAGAUCUUGAGGGAAACCGACGGUGUGAUGGUCGCUCGUGGUGACCUUGGUAUCGAGAUUCCCGCCAGCCAAGUCUUUUUGGCACAGAAAAUGAUGAUCGCGAAGUGCAACAUUGCUGGGAAGCCAGUGAUUGUUGCCACUCAGAUGCUCGAGGCAAGUUGUCCUAACCUCAUUUGGCUUAUCAAUACUGAUUACAACCCGCGACCCACCCGUGCAGAGAUUAGUGACGUCGCUAACGCUGUCCUGGAUGGUUCGGAUUGUGUCAUGCUGUCCGGAGAAACUGCCAAGGGUAAUUACCCCGUCGAAUCAGUUCUCAUGAUGGCCGAAACGUGUCUUCUUGCUGAGGCCGCCAUCUGCUAUCCCCCGCUGUACGAUGAUCUCAGGAGCAUUCAGCCCCGUCCCACGGAGACGGUCGAGACGGUAGCAAUUGCUGCGGUCGCUGCUGCUUCUGAGCAGAACGCCAGUGCUAUUCUGGUGUUGUCGACGAGUGGCAACACUGCACGUCUUAUUUCCAAAUACCGUCCCCGAGUACCGAUUAUCACCGUGACUCGGAAUGAGCAGACAUCUCGGGGUUGUUAUCCCUUCUGGUACCCCGAGCCGAGGGGCAUCCCCGAGAGUCAAUGGCAGCGAGAUGUGGACAACCGCAUCCGAUUUGGGCUGCGCAAUGCUCUUGACUUGAACCUCAUCAAGACAGGAACCACGAUCGUCGCUGUGCAAGGCUGGAAGGGCGGUCUUGGGCACACCAACACCCUUCGCGUACUGUCUGUCCCGACUGACCCUGCUGACUUGGAGCUCCAGCCUCUAGGAGCCAACUAA